GAAUUUUCAAAAUUAAAAAGAGCUAUUUUGGUCAUUUUCUUUUUUGAGAGUUAUUUUUGUGACAAAAAUUUAAAAAUGAUUAUUUUAGAGAAUUGUCCUAUAUGAAAUGUACGGUUUAGUAGCUUUGAUGCAUUGGAGUUCAUAUAAUUGUUUCAACUUUCAACCUUAUAAAAAUUCGGUUUACUAUACCUCCGGUUUGUAAUUAUGUAACAACAGAAUAAGAUGCAUGGUAAUGCAUGUGUUUUGUUUGCAUCAUACUUUCGGUUAUGGUUUCAUUUACGAUUAAAAUAAUAUCAUUUAUAGUAACUAUAAGUUAGGCAUUAUAUUUAGGUAAUACAUUUCAUAUUUCCAGGAUAUUCCCUCAAGUUGGUUAAAGUAAAUUAAAUAUAGUUAAAAUUAAAAUGUAGUGGCAAUCAUGUAAAUAUUAAAACAUAUCAACGGGACUUCAAAAACAAAUCUUGUGUUUUAACAGUAUAGAUAUAAUAAAAAAUAUUUAGAGAAUUUGAUUACUGUAAUCGUAUUUUAAGUAGUAUACAAUAAUGUAUUAGAAUAUUUUUAUUUAGUUCUUAUUUUUUUUAUCAAAUACAAUUAUAUCAAAAAGUUACCAACUAAAAUUUAAAAUUACAGACUAAACCCAUCAUACACUAAAAAUAUAAAUGUCUGUUUGUUUGUAAGAUGACGAAAAACAUUAACAAAGAUAUUUUUAAUCAAUAAACUCAACAUGGUAAUUGGUAAGAUAGCACAGCUCAUUAUGAUGGCAGUUUCUCGGAAAUUUCUAAACUAAAACAAAAUUAAAAGAAAAUAGUAAAAUGGUCGGUACAACUAAAGUGAAGAUUUUAAAAGAAAAAAAAACUAUUAGAGUAAAGACUUCAUUCCAUCAUCAGAAGACCCAAGAAACUGUGAGUUUUCUACGUUCUGAACCGUCUAAGAGGUCAAGUCAACAAAGGCAAUCACUUUAAUGGUUGAAAUCAGAUCACAUAUUUGUCUCGAUAUAUCCAAAAUACAUACAUGAUACAUGUAAUUAAAAAGUAUCACUAAGUUGGAGAUAUGUAAGUUCAACACGUUACAUAAGCAUACGCGUUGAGCCAACAGGAGAGGAUUGUCUAAUUCGUUUUAGCAUUUAGUGUUUUAAUGGUCUAGAUUGUGUUGCAAGUGUGCCAACGAAUCUAAAUCGUUCGUUUUAGAAUUUUAGAAAAUGAUUUACAGUUACAUGAAAUAUACGUCACCUUGGCAAGAUAUUUAGACAAUAUUAAUGUUCUAAAAAUUAUACGAACUAUGAACUAUAUUCACAUGGUCAUGAAUUAAUAAGUGUAUUUUACUUACAUUAUCAAUGUAAAUUUUAUAAUAAAAUUGUUGACUUGGAAUACAACAAAUUCUUUUUUUUUUGAAUUAUACAGAAAUAUCAUUGCCCUACAAAAGUGUUCCAGACUAGUCACGUGUUGCCACAUGUCAGUCCUCUGUCUCUGGCAAUGCCGAAAUGUUAAUUCUCCGGUGACUUGAAUACAACAAAUUCUCAUAAUUUUUUGAUAUGUUUUUAAAUGUUGUCGAUAUAUAACAUUGCAUUUAAAUGAUUUAUCUAUAUAUUUUUAGGAUUCUUUUUGUUUUAAUUAGGUUGAAAGACUUUUCAUCAAUGUUGACUUGGAAUACAACAAAUUCUCAUCAUCUUUUGAUAUGUUUUUAAAUGUUGUCGAUAUAUAACAUUGCAUUUAAAUGAUUUAUCUAUAUAUUUUUAGGAUUCUUUUUGUUUUAAUUAGGUUGAAAGACUUUUCAUCAAUGUUGUUGGACUUUCUUCUUUUCAAAAUUACAUUGAUAACAUUUAUUAGUGUAUACAUGUUCUUAUAUAAUUAGUUUUUAAUAUAUUAAUACUGUUUUGAUGUUUUAUUAUGCAUGUAGUUAACAAUCAUUUUUAGUUUUAAUAAGGAAUGCAUAGACAAAUGACGUUGUAAUGGAUCAUUUUAUGAUUUUUAAAUAACUUCACUUAUGCAUUCAUAUAUCUCUUCAGGUAUCUCGUUAUUAUUCGAAACUAUUUAACUUGACAAUUUCUCUGUCAUUACGUUAAUUUUCUAAAAUAAAUUUACAUCUAUAUCUUCAAUUAGUUCGUCUGAUUUCGCCGGAAAUUAUCGAGAAUUCUAUAAGAUUCUAGCUAUUCAUACUAUCUACGUUCGGCAUGUCAUGCGGUGACAGAAGCUAUAUGUGAACAAGUUGCCUAUGGAAAUAGAACUCUGUAUUUUGAUUUUCGCACAAGUUUAAACAGACGAAUCUUUUUUUAUGAAACAAAACAGACGAAUCUAAAACGUUUAUUUGAGUGGAUUAAUGGGAAACUCAACAAUUUAAACGUGUUUUACUCCUAAUUGAGAGCUAGGACGUCUUUUCAAAAUACUUUCGGCAGAUUUCAUCAAGCUUUUGAACCGUUCAGAUUGAGACUAGCCUUUUAAAAUUAUACUAGGGCUUUUUUUUCUUAUGACUAUAGCCUACUAGGAUUAUUAAAAGACGACAUAAACUUUCUUAUAAAACAAAUUAAAAGACCACAUCCGUCAAGAGAAGAAAUUUUAACUAUUGCAUGAACUCUGCCGACGAUAUAACAUUAAACAAAAUGACCAAACGAUAUAGACUACUAGCCUCAUUUUCUAUAAAAGCGCCAGGGAGGGGUUGUCACAGAAUACAAACAACACAAAGAACAAAAAAAGAAAGGUUAUUGUAGUUUUAACGAUGAUGAUGAUGGGCGAUACAUUUGGAACAAUAGGAUCAAGCAUGGCAAGUUUGUUCUUUAUUUGGGCAACAGUUCAACAAAUCUUCCCUAACCAUUUGAAGAUUGCCAUCAAAGAGUUUCUUUUGUCUUCAUUCCAACAACUCUGUUUCGCUCAAAGAGUCUCAGAUUAUUUCACCAACCUCUUCUCUCCUUACGUCGAUAUCAACUUCCCAGAGAGUGAUGAGUACCGUCUCAACCACGCUUUCUCAGCCAUAGAGACCUACCUUGAGUCGAAAGCAACCGAUAAAUCCAAGCACCUCAAAGGAAGCCAGCUGAAAGAGAACAAAGGGUUGGUCUUAAAACGAGACGAGGUGAAAAUCAGAGAUGAAUACAAAGGAGCUAAUGUUUGGUGGGAGAUUGUGACUGCUUCUGAUGAAGAAAGAUCUUACAAGCUCACAUUUCACCACCGUGCAAGGAGUCUUAUAACUGAUUCAUACGUACCUUAUGUGGUUGAAGAAGGGAAGUUAAUUAAAGCCAAGAAACAGCAGACGAGGCUGUUCACUAAUAACCCGAGUUCUCAGUGGAUUCUUAGCCACAACAUGUGGAGAUCUAUUGAGUUUGAGCAUCCAGCGAGUUUUGAGACACUAGCCAUGGAACAAGAGAAGAAAGAAGAGAUCAUGAGUGACCUCACCGCUUUUACCAAUGGGAAAGAUUAUUACAAGAAGAUUGGGAAAGCUUGGAAGCGAGGCUACUUGUUAUACGGACCACCAGGAACAGGUAAGUCCACCAUGAUUUCCGCCAUGGUAAAUUUUUUGAACUAUAACAUCUAUGAUCUUGAACUCACGGCUAUAAAGAACAACUCGGAGUUGAGGAAACUUCUUACAUCGACAUCUAGCAAGUCCAUUGUUGUGAUUGAGGACAUAGACUGCUCUGUAGAUCUUACCGGUAAUAGAAACAAGAAAGACAGAAACUCAAUGGAAAGGAAUGGAGAACAGGAUAAAGAUGAAAGCUCGGUUACACUCUCUGGACUUUUAAACUUCAUUGAUGGUAUUUGGUCAGCUUGUGGGCAAGAAAGGAUUGUUGUGUUCACAACAAACCACUUGGAAAAACUUGACCCGGCUUUGAUUAGGAGAGGAAGAAUGGAUAUGCACAUUGAGUUAUCUUAUUGCACUUAUGAAGCUUUCAAGAUUCUUGCCAAGAACUACCUGGAUCUUGAUGAUCAUCCUUUGUUCAAGAAUAUCAAGUCAUUGUUGAAGGAGAUAGAGAUUUCUCCAGCUGAUGUUGCAGAGAACUUAAUGACCAGAAACCAUAUAAUAGACGUUGAUGAAUCCUUGAAUAAUCUGAUCAAAGCUUUGGAGGAAAAGAAGAACAGCCAGAGGAGUCAACAUGAUGAAGACAAGAAGAAAAGCAACAAGUUCAGAUUAUUUGGUUGA